AUGCCGAACUAUCAGUCGAACCUAGAUCCUCAAAUUUUGGACGAACAGCACUCUACUGAAGUAGAAUCCAAUCAAGCUGCCUCCGCAAUCAAGCCACUGCCGACAAAGAUCCUGCUUGAUAUUGUACAAGAAGUACAGACAUUCGAACCUGAAGACCGAAUUCAAACAAUCUACAAUCUUCUAUGCGCAAGCAAACAAUGGAAGGACAUCGUGCAGAAGCCUCUAGAUGAUAUGCUGAAUUUGACUUAUUUUCAUGCGGUUGUUUUGCCACCAUGGAUGAUGAGUAUGGAGCAGAAAGACAAUAUACGCGAGAGUCUAUGGCAUAUGGACUCGCUUGAAGCAUAUAAGGAAAGUAUAUGGGCGCUGCCUAGAAAGCUGCGUUCGUCUGCAGUCUUCAGGACCUUUCCUUCUGAGCCUAUCGGUAUCUCGUGGAAUCAGGAUUUGUUCGCAUGCCAAACAACGAUCAUACAAGAUGAUCCGAGCAUUCAGUAUCUCUGGCCUUGCGCGAAGGUCAUUUUCCCCAAACGUGAUGAAGAAGCAGAGCCAAAAAGCUAUAUCUCAUGUUUUCUAUGGCAGGUCGCGGCUACGUCCCUCUACACAGAGGUAAGGUACCGGAUGGACAGGGACAUGAUCGUGAUCUGGUUAGACCCUUGCAAAGAAGGUGGAAUCGAAGCCAGAGAAAGAAGAGAGCUCAAACUCGAAAAUGCAGAGCUACGAGAGAGAUGCAAGAGAUUGUUGGACAGCAAUUCCUCAAAUACAUGGGUGAGGUUCACAUGA